AGCACGCGGCUUCGCAUUUUUUGGCGGCCAUUACAACGAGUGGAAAACUGCGGAGCGAAGCGCAGAAAUUAAUGCAUAAACAAACGGCAAAAACAUAGCACGCGAGCUACCGCCUGACAACCCAAAACCACCAAAAGCACAAUAUACAGCUCUGAAAAUGUCUUCGAGCGCUGCCAGGGUCUACAUCCAAGUCGAGAGCGAGGCCGAGCAGCAGGAGCACCUUAAACAUCAACGCAAGACACUAAAACCCUUACAGGGCAACGUCAACGACAAGGAGAACCUCACUGGUUCCGGGCGUGCUUCCAUCGUGGAUCAGUUGAGUCGCCUGAAGGCCGGCGUACAAGUCGCGCCCAAGUAUGGCAAGCGGAAGUGUGUAGACCCGGGCACUGUUCCUCCGGUGACUUCCACAAGAGAUGCAGACACUCAGACUGAUAUAGAAACCACUACCCGCAGUAAUGCUGACAAGCCUAUCAUGGCUGAGGAUCUCACUAGCGAGACUGAGCCCGGUGAGAACUAUUACAAACUGCUGGCCGAGCAGCGGCGAUUAGCCCUGGAGGACUCGCUCACGGAAAACCGACAUCUGCACGAGCGCAUCGAAGGGCUGGAGGACGAGAUGGACACGAUGCGCCAGGAGCUGGACGAGGCCAAGAACUUGGUGGAGGUCCUCAAGGAGAUCUGCGACGAGGACAACAGCGAGUUAGAGGAAGAUGAGGCUGCGGGUAAUCAGUAUUAGGUCCCCGCCCAUGCUGUACACCAAUCACACGUUUUGUUAGUCUAAGGUUUUACAAUUAGUUGUAGCUAAAAAUUACUCUUAAUUUAUCCCUGUACGUCAGCUUUCACAACGGACUGGUCAUUGUACGCCAGCAAUAUAUUUACUUGUUACACGCCAGUUAUAAUUCAAAUAAAGUUUUAACAAUUGCACCAUAA